AUGUAUGUUGACAGUAAUGGUAGUGUUGUUGACAGUAAUGGUAGUGUUGUUGACAGUAAUGGUAGUGUUGUUGACAGUAAUGGUAGUGUUGUUGACAGUAAUGGUAGUGUUGUUGACAGUAAUGGUAGUGUUGUUGACAGUAAUGGUAGUGUUGUUGACAGUAAUGGUAGUGUUGUUGACAGUAAUGGUAGUGUUGUUGACAGUAAUGGUAGUGUUGUUGACAGUAAUGGUAGUGUUGUUGACAGUAAUGGUAGUGUUGUUGACAGUAAUGGUAGUGUUGUUGACAGUAAUGGUAGUGUUGUUGACAGUAAUGGUAGUGUUGUUGACAGUAAUGGUAGUGUUGUUGACAGUAAUGGUAGUGUUGUUGACAGUAAUGGUAGUGUUGUUGACAGUAAUGGUAGUGUUGUUGACAGUAAUGGUAGUGUUGUUGACAGUAAUGGUAGUGUUGUUGACAGUAAUGGUAGUGUUGUUGACAGUAAUGGUAGUGUUGUUGACAGUAAUGGUAGUGUUGUUGACAGUAAUGGUAGUGUUGUUGACAGUAAUGGUAGUGUUGUUGACAGUAAUGGUAGUGUUGUUGACAGUAAUGGUAGUGUUGUUGACAGUAAUGGUAGUGUUGUUGACAGUAAUGGUAGUGUUGUUGACAGUAAUGGUAGUGUUGUUGACAGUAAUGGUAGUGUUGUUGACAGUAAUGGUAGUGUUGACAGUAAUGGUAGUGUUGUUGACAGUAAUGGUAGUGUUAUUGACAGUAAUGGUAGUGUUGUUGACAGUAAUGGUAGUGUUGUUGACAGUUGUCCGGAAGACACUAUAUAA